AUGCAGCCUGUUCCAGCUCUUCUAACCACUUUGCUGUCGUUGCCUCUGGUGAUCUCAGGACAGUCUCAGCUGCUGAGAAGUGUGUCAAGCUAUGUGGACGAAGGUAACACAUGCCAUUGUGUGGUCCACCUGACUAACUACCUCAGCCUCCUGCAGCCGCUGGAGCAGCUACAAAAUUCAGCCCAGGAGCUCAUUGGCAAGUAUGAGCAGGAGCUGUUCAGAGUCAGUAAGUCUGUAUAUACCAACGAAGAUCAAGACAACCAGAUUCUGGACGUACGCCAUAGAACGGAGCCCAGGAAUCCCAGUACCCUUAUCUUCCCCUAUAACACCUCAACCUUCAACCUGCUGCACCUGGAGCUGGAGAAAGCACAGAAGUUGGUGACUCAGCUUAAGGACAAGAAAGGGGUUGAUGGGGCUGAGGGUCUUCUCCACCAGCUCCAGAGUCAGGUGAUGAAUGCCAGUCUCAUACUCAAGCUCCUGACAGAGUCUGAUCCAUGCAACUUCAGUACUCUUCAACAGGAGGUGGAUGUUCUUGAGGGCCAACUAAGCAAGUGUGAGAGGGAAAGGGAACAGCAACAGGCCUCCAGAUACUCUGGUCUACCCUUGCCCCCUGGUUCUUGUGCUCAUAAAGGACUCCUGGCAGUCAGCAGGCCCUUUGUGGUAGGGCUUAAUUGGAAAGGCUUCUCACACAAGGCAGGUUCCUGGGGUCGAGACUCAGCGCCGAAUUCAACCUCUUCACUAUACUGGGUAGCUCCUCUGCAAACAGAUGGCAGGUACUUUGACUAUUACCAGCUGUACAAGUCUUAUAAUGACCUGGUGUUGCUGAAGAACUAUAAGGAGUGGUUUAUGGGCUAUGGCGAUGGCAGUGGCAAUACAGUGUAUGAGAACUUCAUGUACUUUAAUUACUACGGCACAAGUGACAUGGCCAAGGUGGACCUGUCCUCCAAUACCCUAGUGCUGCAGCGCCCAUUGUCUGGUGCCACCUACAAUAAUCGCUUUUCCUAUGCUGGCGUGCCCUGGAAGGCCUUACAUUUUGCUGGUGAUGAGAAGGGGCUGUGGGUGCUCUAUGCCACUGAGGAGAGCAAGGGCAACCUGGUUGUGAGUCGUCUCAACGCCAGCAGCCUCGAAGUGGAGGAGACCUGGCACACCAGCCAGUACAAGCCAGCUUUAUCAGGGGCCUUCAUGGCUUGUGGGGUGCUCUAUGCCUUACGCUCACUGAACAUCCACCAAGAGGAGAUCUUCUAUGCAUUUGAUACCACCACUGGGCAGGAAUACCACAUCAGCAUCCUGUUGGACAAGGUGAUGGAAACGCUGCAGGGCAUCAAUUACUGCCCCUCGGACCACAGACUGUAUGUCUACAGUGAGGGCUUCCUAGUGUAUUACGACCUCACCUUCCUGACCCCAACACGCAAACCACCAAAAUCAUUAGCCAAAUGGCCCUUCGGGGUUCAUGCUUUGUCCAAAUCUGUCAAACCUAUCAUGCCUUCCAAGCCCUGA